AAAGAGGAGGAGCUGGUGGCCGGCGGACGCUGAGCUACCCCCUGCCCAGCACACGCGAACGCACACACAUACACACACAUAUACUCACACACGCGCGCGCGUCCUCUUCGCCACUACCCGCCGGGGAGGUGCAGAGAUGGGAGCAGCCCAUUCGCUCCCAGUGCCCACACCUGUCUGAGCGCGCCUGUCCGCCCGGGCGCACGGAGCUGGGUCGGGGCGCAGGGAUGCGAGGCACGGGAGCAGUGCCCAGCAUGGCCAUCAUGCCAACACUCCUCCUCUUCCUCCUCUGUGCCAUCAAGGAGGUAAUCCCUUACAGUGCUCACUGGAAGCCUACUUGGCCAGCUUACCGAGUUCCCAUCAUCUUGCCUCAAUCCACCCACAAUUUAGACAAGCCAGACUUUGUGGCCGAAGCCAAAUUGGAAGUUUCGUCUUCCUGUGGGCCCCAGUGCCACAAGGUUUCACCUCUGCCAACGUAUGAAGAAGUCAAGCAAUAUUUGUCUUAUGAAACACUCUAUGCCAAUGGCAGCCGCACAGAGACAGAGGUUGGCAUUUAUGUCCAGCGAAGUGAGGCAGAGCCCAAGGGCAGGUCUCGGAUGAAACGGCAGAUUUAUGGCUAUGACAGCAGGUUCAGCAUCUUUGGGAAGGACUUCUUGCUGAACUAUCCAUUCUCAACAUCCGUGAAGUUGUCAACCGGCUGCACUGGCACCCUGGUAGCUGAGAAACAUGUGCUCACUGCUGCCCACUGUAUCCAUGAUGGGAAAACUUAUGUGAAGGGGGCCCAGAAACUUCGAGUGGGCUUCCUGAGGCCCAAGGUAAAAGACAGCAGUCGGGCCACUAAUAUCUCCAAAUCAGCCAUCCCUGACAAGAUGAAAUUUCAGUGGAUUCGAGUGAAACGCACCCACGUCCCCAAAGGUUGGAUCAAAGGGAAUGCCAAUGACAUUGGGAUGGAUUAUGACUAUGCUCUUUUAGAGCUCAAAAAACCCCAUAAGAGAAAAUUCAUGAAGAUCGGGGUGAGCCCUCCUGCCAAGCAUCUUCCCGGGGGCCGAAUCCAUUUCUCUGGCUACGACAAUGACCGGCCAGGAAAUCUGGUGUACCGCUUCUGUGAUGUCAAAGAUGAGACAUAUGACCUCCUCUACCAGCAGUGCGAUGCUCAGCCUGGUGCUAGUGGGUCAGGAGUGUAUGUGAGGAUGUGGAAGAGACAGCAGCAAAGAUGGGAGCGCAAAAUUAUUGGGAUCUUUUCAGGACACCAGUGGGUGGACAUGAACGGCUCGCCACAGGAUUUCAAUGUGGCUGUUCGCAUCACCCCCCUCAAAUACGCACAGAUUUGCUAUUGGAUUAAAGGAAAUUACGUGGAUUGUAGGGAAGGGUGAGAAGGAUAUUUCUCCCCAGCAGCACUUAAUGGUCUUCAUUGUACUUAUUUUAGGAAAGGCCAAACUUUGUCCUUAGAGAGUGUGCGUGUGUGUGUGUGUUUGUGUGCACACGUGUGUGAUUAUGGAUGAGUAUGUGGUGUCUGUGUGGAUAUCUAUGUAUAUGUCCGAGUGUAUACAUGUGUUUGCCCAGAGUAUGUAUUAUAGAGUUUCACAUAAAUCCCUAAAAUUAUAAGAUGGCUGGCUUUACUGUUUGAAAAUUAAUUUGUAUAUGACAUCAUGUGAGCAAUUCAAAGAAAUAUCUUUUGAUAGAAAUAAAGGUAUAGGGUUUUUUUU